UCCAAUCUCCACCCUCCUCUCCCAUCUUAUUUAUGCCAACACUACUCACCCCUGCAAAAAAUUUUCUCAUUCCAACCUCAACCACCGCUUCUUCCACUUCCUGUUUCCGAUUAGGGAAUUAGUACCACAUUUUUGUUCCACAAAGUAGCUAGCUUUCAACUCGUUUUUUCUUUUUCUGCUGCAAAUCAUGGAAAAUAAUCAAUCUUUUUGGCAAUUCAGUGACCAACUGCGUUUGCAGACAUCCAAUUUGGCGAACCUCUCUCUGAAUGAUUCGAUUUGGAGCAACAGUUACGUGUCCAAGAGGCGUGAUGAACGGAUUAAUUUUGACAUCAAAGUGGGUGGUGAGAUCAACUCGUUCAAGUCAAAGGAACAUGCUUCUGAUUACAACGAUAACCUCAAUGGAUCUUUUCUUGCCAUGACUUACAACAACAACAACAACAACAACAUUCUGGGUGUUGGUUUGGAUUCUGGGGUGGGUCUCAAUGGAGGCUUCAACAAGGGGAUUUACUCCAAACCUUCCUUUGCCAAUCUUAACACCAACAUUAACCUCAAUAUCAAUCCCAAGGGGCACAAGGGCAAGCUUGAAGAUGACCUUCUUCACCUCCCCAAAUCUUCCAAGAAAAACAACAACCCUAACAAGAAACACGACAGUAACAACAGCGGCACCAACAACAAUGAUAACGGCAAGGAUUCCAAGGCUGCUGCCGACAAGAGAUUCAAAACACUGCCACCGUCGGAGUCUCUUCCCAGGAAUGAAACCAUUGGAGGCUACAUCUUCGUUUGCAACAAUGACACCAUGGCUGAAAAUCUCAAGCGGCAACUCUUCGGUCUGCCACCACGAUACAGAGAUUCUGUUCGGGCCAUUACUCCAGGGUUGCCCCUUUUCCUUUACAACUAUUCCACUCACCAACUCCAUGGAAUCUUUGAGGCUGCAGGUUUUGGAGGAACAAACAUUGAUCCAACGGCUUGGGAGGAUAAGAAAUGCCCCGGUGAAUCUCGUUUCCCUGCUCAGGUGAGAGUGAUUACAAGGAAAACAUGUGAACCACUGGAGGAGGACUCCUUCAGACCAAUCCUUCACCACUAUGAUGGUCCCAAGUUUCGUCUUGAGCUGAACGUGCCUGAGGCCUUGUCUCUGCUCGAUAUUUUUGCUGAACAAGACACUUUCAACGAAACUUUCAAGGCUUUGGAUGCAUAAAAGGACAAAAAUAGCAAAGAAUACAAGAACAUCACUCACAGAGACAAUAGAUAAUAUUAUAGAUUUGGGUUGGUUUGGAAGUUAUUAAGUGUAAUGGACUUAAGAAAAAAGUUCCAAAGAUAAAACAAUUAUAUAUAUAUGUAAUUGUGUAUUACUACUCCUCUUUUUGUAAAGAGAGGAUGGUUCAUGAUCAUACAUACAUAUUAAGAGAAUAGAAUAAGAAUGAAGUAUUUUUGCAUUAGGGUGUUGUACAGAACUACAAAUUGGCGACAAAUGGAAGCCUAUAUGUUGUAGCUUGUGUUGUGUUGUUGAGUUGAGAAGGAACAUAACAGUGGAAAAGUGUGUGAGGCCAUGCUGCUUCAUCACUGUUAUCUAUUAUUAUUUAUACAUCAAACAUGUGUGGUGUGUGCUU